AUGAGCUCGCUUGCUUUGAAGCUGUUAGAGACGCGUCAAACAUGUCAACAAAACCCCGCCUUUGAUCUACAGGACCCUUGGAAGCUGGCAAUGCAGCUUCGCGACCACAAGGAACAAAGCAGCAGACAGCCAAGUAAUGUUCUGAGUCAACGUCUUAAACAGAUAAUCAGUGAUCCAAGUGCGCGAUCGUUCAAGCUUCAGCGCGAGAAUAUCGAUCCUGUCGAGCUAAACGUUCUGAUUGAGUGGACUCUAGCCAAAUUACACGAGGGUUCGGAGGGAAAGGAGAUUCUGACGCUGGAGGGAGCGAAACAGGUCCAGAACCAGAUCGAGGAGCUUACCGCAUCGAAACUACAAUUACUCAAAGAACUGGCAGAGAACAAGCAGUCGCAGCUGUUUGAACGUUUUGUCCGGAUUGACAAGGACUUGGACUUUUUGCAGGCAAAGCUGACUAGCCACGAGAUCCUCGUCGCGCAGCUGGGAUACGUGCAGGACAUAUUCCUAGAUCAGAACCCUGCUUUCGUGGCCAGCGACGUGGAGCGGUCGCUGGAGGGGCUUGUGUCUAAGGUGGUGUCGAUGUUUGUGCAGAACAACGUCGAACUUCCGGAGCCGAACAUCGAGAAGAUGCGCAUUCGCUCACAACUACCUGACCCGCAAAUUUGA